AUGCAGUACAACCCUGGCUGGAACAACUCCUCUGUCAACCUGCUUCAUGUGCGCGCAGUGGGGCCCGCUGACACCCUGCACUACAUCUGGAGCAGCAUCGGGGCCCCCGCGGUGCUGCUGGUGGCUACGGCGAGCCAGAGCAGCGCCCUGCGCAUCAACUGGACGCAGCUGCUUUCCCCAGCUCCUGCGGGCGCCAUCUGGAUCGACCCUCCCAGCAGUGUUGUCUACUCCACUGCCGUUGUCUUCACAAAGGUGUUUGAGUACAGCGAGGCCGAAACGCUGGAAGAGCUCUUCUACCCCACCUACGACCUGUCUGACUUUUCCUGGGACAGCAUCAAUCACACCCUGAACCACACGGCCCUGACGGCCGAGUUCACAGGCGUCCCGGUCAACGACCCCAGUGGCAGCUUCUCCAACGGCAGCGUGGCCUUUCGGGUGACAGCCUAUGGGGGCAGUGGCCGUGACCGGCUCCUGCCCAGCCUCCUGCACACAGCAAACAGCUCAAAAGUGGAGUUUGUCCUGGCUGGGGUGGCUCCGCGGGGCAACGGCUCUCGAUUUGCGCUGGAGGUGGCCACGGUGGAGGAGACGGGGGUGGCGCAGAAGCUGCGCUCGGCACGCUCCAUCGACGACGAGUACACUCCCACCAUCUUUGAGACGCUCUCCCUGGUAGCCGAGUCCCGAAAUGGCAGCUCCACGUUCAGCUUCCUGCAGUGGAAGGCGACAGCCUACGGCUCGCAGACCCCCAGGCGCGAGGACGGCAUCCAGUGCCGGUCCCAUGGCCUGCAAGCAGCCAACUGGACCUUGCCCACAUCCGGCAUCGUCCGUGCCUACUUUGGGGAGGGCGUAGGCAACACCUACACCGUCAGCGCCAUCAAUAUCUCUUUCGGGGGAGAGGAUGGGAAGGUUUACCAGGAGAAGCGCUACCUCAGCUGGUCAGCGCUGUUGGGCUUCGGGCAGCCCCCCAAGGACACCUUCUCCCCCCUCGUCAUCUCCAUCAUGGCCGUGGCACUGGGCACCCCCAUGGCGAUGCUGCUGGUGGGCGGCUGCGUCGUCCUCUUUGCCCAGAGGAAACGCUACUCUGAGUACGAACCCAUCAACUGA